UUGGGUCAGUUUUCCAACUGCUGUUGCCGUCGCAGUCGCUCCGUCGUUCAUUUUUAUUUUAGUUUUUCCUAUGUUUUAGUGCUCAAAACUAACUUACAAUCGUGUUAAGGACUAUAACAAACGCGAAAAACUGUAUAUAUUGUUGUAAUAGUGUUGUGAUAUUGAAAGAAAUACUGUUUGAAGGAACAUAACCUAUAUCAUCAUCAACAUUGGACAUUGACUUUUUAAAUUGAACUUUGCAGAAGUGUAUUUAAUCCCAGAACUAGUUAAGAGUGUUAAAAAAGGACAUUACGGACUUUAACAGUGACUGAGUUUUAAUAUUUUAACGGAUAACAUUUAUGGUGAAAAGUUACGGAGCUGGUUUAAAUAAUUCUUGAACGACCUACUUUUCAAGUACUGUUAGAAACGCGACUGGAAAAAUAGUCGCAAUUUAAAUUUCCCGUAUUCUUAAAGUGAUAUUGCUGAAGAAACGCACUAGAAAUAAUGUCAGUCAUAUUUUAAUUGUGUUUACAAAGUCGAAAGUGCGCAUUUGAAAAGGGAAAAUGCGCUGUCAUAAGAAAACCAAAGAAAGUGGCUUUUUUGAAGGUGAUUCAACGGAAACCGAAAUAAUGACCAAAGCUUUGAAAAGGACUAAAGUUUUUACAACUUCGGGAGACGGCAAAAGGAUAAUUGAAUAUUCGCCAAAUGAAGUUGAAUCGCAGUUUAGAGACUCUGACAAGAAAGUCAACCUCUCUGGAGUUGGGAGGGUUGAUAUGUCCCAUUUUGAUUUGCUCAAAGUUCUGGGAACCGGAGCUUAUGGUAAAGUGUUCCUGGUACGAAAACGCGGUGGUUCUGACGACGGGCGCCUUUACGCUAUGAAGGUACUGAAAAAAGCGACCAUUGUGCAAAAGAAAAAGACGACGGAACAUACAAAGACUGAGAGACAAGUGUUGGAAGCCGUCCGAGAUAAUCCCUUCUUGGUUACUUUACAUUACGCUUUCCAAACCGAUGCCAAAUUACACCUAAUUUUAGAUUACGUAGCAGGCGGCGAAUUAUUCACGCAUCUGUAUCAAAGGGAACAUUUCACCGAAGACGAGGUCCGGAUAUACAUAGGAGAAAUUAUAUUGGCCCUGGAGAAACUGCAUGCGCUAGGAAUUAUCUACAGGGACAUCAAACUAGAAAACAUCUUGGUAGAUGAAAAUGGUCACAUAGUUCUUACGGAUUUCGGGCUAUCGAAGGAACUGUCACGGAGCGAUGGUGAAGAACGAGCUUAUUCAUUUUGCGGUACCAUAGAAUACAUGGCCCCGGAAGUGGUUAGAGGAGGAACUCAGGGACACGAUAUCGCCGUGGAUUGGUGGUCGGUUGGCGUUCUGACUUACGAAUUAUUAACUGGUGCUUCCCCGUUCACCGUUGAAGGUGAAAGAAAUACUCAGCAGGAAAUAUCCAGGAGAAUUUUAAGGACUACUCCUCCAAUUCCAGAAUCAAUAGGGAGAGAUGUAGCUGACUUCAUUAGGAGACUUUUAAUAAAGGAUCCCAGAAAACGAUUAGGAGGUGGCGAAGGUGAUGCAAAAGAACUCAAGAGACACUCGUUUUUCAAAUCUUUGGACUGGGAAAAACUGGCCAGGAAGGAAAUUCCAGCUCCAUUCAAACCCAUUAUUAGGAACGAAUUGGAUGUUUCAAACUUUAGUGAAGAAUUUACGGGUAUGCCUCCAACGGAUUCUCCAGCAAUAGUACCACCAAACUACGACAAAAUAUUCAAAGGAUAUUCCUACGUAGCACCCUCAGUGAUUUUUUCCAAGAAUGCUAUUUCUGACAACAUACUGAAUCCAAAGCUACACCACGAUCACUCCAACCUGCUCAGGUCACAGUUGAGCGACUCGCCUUUCUUUAAACAGUACGCGAUGGAUCUUUCGGAGCAUAUUUUGGGCGAUGGCACCUUUUCAGUGUGCAGAAGAUGCGUACAUAAAGACACUGGCAGAGAGUACGCUGUCAAAAUUGUAAAUCGAUCAAGAGAUUGUACUCAAGAAAUCAACCUGCUUAGGGCUUGCCAAGGUCACCCAAAUGUCGUUACCCUUCACGAAUGCUUACACGACAACCACUUUACAUAUUUAAUCAUGGAACAUCUGAAAGGUGGAGAACUAUUUGACAGAAUCAGACAGAAAACUAGAUUCUUGGAAAGCGAAGCUUCAGCUAUCCUUCGUAAGUUAGUUUCGGCAGUAAGCUUCAUGCACGCAAGAGGCGUUGUGCAUCGUGACUUGAAGCCGGAGAAUUUAGUUUUUACUUCAGAUGACGAAGAUGCAGAGAUUAAAAUCAUUGACUUCGGAUUUGCUAGAUUAAAGAGAGAGAAAGAGUCUUUACACACCCCGUGUUUUACGUUACACUAUGCAGCACCGGAGGUUCUCAAAGGAGAUCCGGAAGGUUACGACGAAAACUGUGAUUUGUGGAGUUUAGGGGUCGUCUUGUAUACCAUGCUUUGUGGAAAAGCCCCGUUCCAUGCCCGUUCAAGGGAAGAAAGUGUUACAUCUAUAAUGGAAAGAAUUAAGUGUGGCGACUUUAAUUUCAACUCGCCAGCGUGGGAAGACGUAUCCGAUGAUGCCAAGAAAGUAGUCGAGGGUCUUCUUACAGUUACUCCCACCCAAAGACUUCAAAUGCUCGAUUUACACAACAACGAUUGGGUACAGGGACAUCAGCGACUACCUCAAACCGCUCUGAUGACUCCAGACGUACUUUCUUCCGGGGGUAGCGCUGAAAGAUCCGUACAAACCACAUUCAACGCCUUCCACAAAGCGGAGCGCGAAGGAUUUCGGUUACAAGAUGUCCUCAGCGCCAAACUGGCCCAAAGGAGACGCAAGAAGAAAAGCUCGUCCGACAACAACAGCAGCUCGAGUUCCUUCACCAGCGACGGUUCGUUAAAGAGCAGCAAAUUGUCCUUAGAACUGAAGAAGACUGAGAAACCAUCCAUCACUAAAGAACGCGAAGACGACGUCCAGAGAUUAGAGCGGGAAUCGCGCGUUUCCGAAUUUAGCAAAUGCGAGAGUGAUGUUACGCGCGAAUCUACCAGAUCUAGCGGUAUCGUAAUGUCCGACAAAAAUUCGGUGGAGUCUUGCAAAGCGGAGAAGCGUCGGCGCGAACGAAAAGUGUACGUACAAACUAGACAGAGUGAACGAAUUUUGAGGCAAAGACUAGAAAUAGACAGUGACCCCCUUACGUUUAUUUCGUUGCCUCACAAAACGAGAAAAAGAAAAAUGGAAGAGCCCUUAUGCGAUGAAUGUGAUACUCCUACGAAAAUGAGCAGAAAGACUACGCCUUUGAAAGCAAAACGAAAGAUAGCCCGAUAGAUAUUUUUACCAGUUAAUUUUUGUAUUUUAAUUUAUUUAUUUUCUCUCAUCUGAUACGUUUCUGCUAAUACGAUGACAUUAGUUUUAUAAGUGGACACGAUUAAAGACUGUUUUCAAAAAUGGCAUUCUGUCAAAAAUUACCAUAUAAUCAGAUGGAAUUAUUGGGCGGGUUUUGGAAUAGUAUUUUCAAUUUGAUUGCCCGAUUGUUCAGUAAAAUCUAUAUGACAUUGAGUUUUUAGUAGAAGCUGAUGUUAAUAUCAUUUUAUUUGUUUUGAAAACGUAUGAGUUUUUAAUUUGAACGAAUUAAAUAAAUUAUUUUAUGUGUCUUUGGUAUGUAUCAAAAAGGAAUUUUGUCACAACAAAUAGUUUUUUUAAAUCCAUCUGAUUAUAGUCCAUAUUCAAUACUUUUUAUGUGAACAAAAUAUAUACCUACCCGUAUAUAUACAUCUUUAUACACUAUUUUAAAAGAAUGAUGACAUUACUUUUGCUUAAUUAUUUUAUUUCGAGAUAUAAAUACUUUAAUUUUAUGUAAAUCACCCGUCUUUUUCUUGGCUUCUUAAAAAACUACUGCCAGUAUCAUGGAUAACAGCGUUUAUCCACCAUACCUAAUCAAAAAUACAAAUAAAAAAUGUGAUAAUGUAAUUAAAAAGGAAAUGUUUGAUGUAAGUAUCACACGUUUUACUUUCUUUUUUAUUGUAUAUUUUAUAAGAAUCUAAUUGAAGUGCACUUCAUAAAUUUAUAUAGGUAAUUCAUAUAUAUUAUAUACCCUUACCAAAAAUGUUGUACAUAAAAACAUAAACUAUAUAUAUUAGUCAGAGAUUGUAUAAACUAUUUUUGUUCUACAUUUAAAAACAAUCUAUUGAUGUUGAAAGUUGAUAUUGAGGGCGGUUGCAAUAAUUCAUUGAAAAAAUAAGUGUGGAGUUUAAAGUUAAUACAGGAACAAUCAGUAUUAUCGAGAAACAUACGUAAUGUUUAAAGUUGUGUCAAUAGUUUUUGUUUGUUUUAAUUUUAAAUUGUCAGUGUGGUUUAAUAAAGAAAGCAGUAUUUUUGAAAUGUUUGUAGAAUAUGUAACGUAUGUUGUGAGAUGUUUUUUAUAAAUAAAUUUCAGUCUUGAAAAAGAAAUACUGUAACUUGAGAGCAAUUUUGACUAUAUACUGUAUUGAAGGAUCUCAAUGAUUGCUCAUGGCUCUUUUAGAUAUGAAAAAGCAACCGCGCCUCACGAGAAAUGUUAAUAAAUUUGUUUUGUAAGUUUGGAAAGCGUGUUCGAUAUCAAAAUAAUGUCAAAACACGCCAUAAAUCUCCUAACUCGUCGUCUUUCAUAGUCAAUUUUGUAAAAAUAUAUUUUAGGUAACUUUUUUAGAUAAUUUUUUUCCUCUGAUAGUUUUAGUUGGUAUAUUGUUUUUGCACUCAGGAAAAAGAUAAAAGUAACCGUUUUGUCACUUAUUGUUUAGUAUUUAAUUUUAUAUUACCAAGGAAGUAUGUUAAGUUUGUAAUGUCGAAGUAGCUUGUUCAAUAUUAUUGAAUAAUGGGAUUAUUUAUUUUAAUUAGAAGAGAAAUGUUUGUUAUAGAUAAAGAGAAUAGACCAAAAAAUGGAUUGCAGUGCCUUGUUAUUUUUGUUAUGAAUCUGUCGGCGGCCCGAUUCUAAUAAAAUGUAUUAAAAGGUUUGGCCCUGUGUUAAUGAAAUAAAUUUCUUUAUCCUUG